GACGCGGGGCUCUCCGCAGCCGGCCGGGGCCGGGCGCACGCGCUGGCCAUGCUCCUGGACGCGGGGCCGCAGUUCCCGGCCAUCGGGGUGGGCAGCUUCGCGCGCCACCAUCACCACUCGGCCGCGGCGGCCGCGGCAGCCGCCGCCGAAAUGCAGGACCGAGAGCUGAGCCUGGCCGCGGCGCAGAACGGCUUCGUGGACUCGGCAGCGGCCCACAUGGGCGCCUUCAAGCUCAACCCGGGCGCGCACGAGCUGUCCCCGGGCCAGAGCUCGGCCUUCACGUCGCAGGGCCCCGGCGCCUACCCGGGCUCGGCGGCUGCGGCGGCUGCAGCCGCGGCUCUCGGGCCCCACGCCGCCGCGCACGUCGGCUCCUAUUCCGGGCCCCCCUUCAACUCCACGCGGGACUUCCUCUUCCGUAGCCGCGGCUUCGGGGACUCGGCGCCCGGAGGCGGCCAGCACGGCCUCUUCGGGCCGGGCGCCGGCGGCCUGCACCACGCGCAUUCGGACGCGCAAGGCCACCUCCUGUUCCCGGGGCUGCCGGAGCAGCACGGGCCGCACGGCUCCCAGAAUGUGCUCAACGGGCAGAUGCGCCUCGGGCUGCCCGGAGAGGUGUUCGGGCGCUCGGAGCAGUACCGCCAAGUGGCCAGCCCGCGGACCGACCCCUACUCGGCGGCUCAGCUGCACAAUCAGUACGGAGCAAUGAAUAUGAACAUGGGGAUGAAUAUGGCAGCGGCCGCGGCCCACCACCAUCACCACCACCACCACCACCCCGGUGCCUUUUUCCGUUACAUGCGGCAGCAGUGCAUCAAGCAGGAGCUCAUCUGCAAGUGGAUCGACCCCGAGCAGCUCAGCAACCCCAAGAAAAGCUGCAACAAAACUUUCAGCACCAUGCACGAGCUGGUCACGCACGUCUCCGUGGAGCACGUCGGCGGCCCCGAGCAGAGCAACCACGUCUGCUUCUGGGAGGAGUGUCCGCGCGAGGGCAAGCCCUUCAAGGCCAAAUACAAACUGGUCAACCACAUCCGCGUGCACACGGGAGAGAAGCCCUUCCCCUGCCCCUUCCCCGGCUGCGGCAAGGUCUUCGCGCGCUCCGAGAACCUCAAGAUCCACAAAAGGACCCACACAGGGGAAAAGCCGUUCCAGUGUGAGUUCGAGGGCUGUGACCGGCGCUUCGCCAACAGCAGCGACCGCAAGAAGCACAUGCACGUCCACACGUCGGACAAGCCCUACCUGUGCAAGAUGUGUGACAAGUCCUAUACGCACCCCAGCUCGCUGCGCAAGCACAUGAAGGUCCAUGAGUCCUCCCCGCAGGGCUCCGAGUCCUCCCCGGCCGCCAGCUCGGGCUACGAAUCGUCCACUCCGCCGGGGCUCGUGUCCCCCAGCGCUGAACCCCAAAACGGCUCCAACCUGUCCCCGGCCGCGGCAGCAGCAGCGGCGGCGGCGGCAGCGGCGGCAGCAGCGGUGUCCGCGGUGCACCGGGGCGGCGGCGGUGGGGCGCCCUCGGGCUCCGGUUCGGGGUCCGGUUCGGGUUCCAGUGGGGCGGGCGGCGGCGGGGGCGGCGGCGGUGGUGGCUCGGGCAGCGGCACCUCCGGGGGUCAUAGCGGCCUGUCCUCCAACUUCAAUGAAUGGUACGUGUGA